UCGAUAAGCGAAAAGUUGUAGUCGAGGUCGAUCGGUGGUCAUAGGCGGCAUUAAAAAGCGACCGCCCGAUACGGUACGCGCUUAGUUUGCGUUUGAGUCCUGAAGAUGAAAUCCCUGUUCGUGUUCGCCCUGCUGCUAGUCGCUGUGGCGGCUUAUGCGCCCCGUGACAAGCGUGUGGUUGGCAGUGACUUUGCCACCCUCGGCCAGUUCCCUUACUCGGUCGGUUUGAUCACGCGCAUCAACAUCUUGUUGACAGGACAGUGUGCUGGUUCGUUGGUGUCGGCUAAUUUCAUCCUUACUGCCGCUCGUUGUGUAUCUGGAAUUCAGAGUGCCGUUGCCGUGCUCGGUGGUUUGCGUAUCAACGAUGCUAGCGAAGCUGGUACGGUGCGCGUCACCGUGACCGACUUCAUCAUCCACCCACAGUACGAGGCCGAGCCGGACAUCUUUGACGUUGCCUUGGUACGUCUGCCACUUCCGGUUCCGUUCAGCGAUCGUGUCCGCCCGGUGCGUCUGCCGAAUCUGCGUCAGGUUGCGGCAACGUUUGUCGGCCAACAGGCUACCGUUACUGGCUGGGGUCGCUUCGGCGAGGGUACCGCCAACUCGGAAGAGCUUCGUUUCGGACGUGCUCAGGUCAUCUCGACGCUUGCCUGCCGCAUCAGUCUGCCAACGAACACGAUCGUCGACGAGCACGUGUGCACGGAUGGUGCGAACAGUUCGCCAUGCCAGGGUGAUGUCGGUGCCCCGUUGACCAUUGUCGAUGCUGACGGUAUCACCACGCAGAUCGGUGUGUUCUCGUUCAUUUCGAUUCUGGGCUGUGAGUCGGGUCGUGCUGCUGUGCACACGCGCAUGUCCUCCUAUCUGACCUGGAUCGGCCAGAACUCGGAUGUCGAGAUCCGUGAAGACUUCUAAGCGAGUUGGUCUGAGUUGCGCUGCGGUUCGAUAAAAGCACCCAAAAUAAACUCCGUCUAAUCUUAUCAAUGCGAAAUGCGCUUAGGAUUAAUCUGGAACCCAAGGUUU